AUGAUUAUUUAACAUAAAUUGCCUGGAUAAUUGAAUACAGAGAAAAAUCAAAUCUCCCCUAAUCACCAUUUCUCAGAAUAUUUUACAGAAUUUAAAAAUAAAAGGUACUGCAAAGCCAAAAGAAUAAAUCCUCCUCAGGAAUUUAAAGAUAAAAAUCCAAUGUUCAAGCUGGAAUCAACUAAAUAAGUAUUUGCAUUAACAUUCACUUAGAUAGAAUACUAUGAUAAAACUACCCAUCACUUAGUAAGACCGCAAACUGCUUGCCUUCCAGAUAACAAAAGGAUUAAAGAAUGCUUUUCUCAUAAUACUACUUAUCAAAAAUUGCAUGAUGAAAAACCAAAUUGUAUUGCUACAAUUUAUCGUUUAUUAGUCGAUGAACCAUACUAAUUGAAGUUGGAUUAUCCUUAAACUAUAAUGGAAGGAACUAAAUUAGAUGCAUCAUCAGAGUAUCAGAGAUAAUAUCGAUCUUUGACUCCUGAAAAAGACCUAAUUUUUGGAGGAAAAAGCAUUUUCAAUAAUCCAAUUAGUCCCAACGUAGCAUUAUUUCGAUAGAGUGAGUCACAUAGGUUUUUUAAAUCUAUAAAAAUUAAAUAACAUAGAAUAGUCUAACCUUCUUUAGCCAAAAAACUUGCAUUAGAUACUUCCUUAACAAUACCCAAUAUUCCAACUUUCUUGGGGCAAUAUGAAACUGUUAGCAAACGAGAUUUUUCAGAGAAAAAAAUCAAAGAAAUCCCAAAAAGAUUUAAAUUUAAUCAGCAAAAUUGA